CAUUGAAAAGUGUGGAUUGUAGUUCACCUUCACCUGAUGAAGAACCCAUACUUUUCAUUGUCCUAAAUUUGGCUUUGACGGGCGAAUAUGAAUGUCCACUGAAUGUCCAUUAUAAAACUAACUACAUCGAUGCUACGAUAACGAAUAGAGUGUGCUCGUUCACGUGAAAAGGGAUAUUAUUCUGGCAGAGGGGCUGCGGCUUAAACCACCAUUUUCUUAUGGAAACCUAAUCGUGCAAGUUUUAUUUUUCGGUGAAGCAAUUACACAAAUUUAAAUGCAAAAGAAACACCGACAUGUAUUUUCAAAAUUCUUUACAAUAAAUGUCAGCGUUGCUGACUGAUUUAGACUAUCUAUCAGUCUAAGCUAAAUCUGAAACUUUGCCACAAGCAUGUGAUACCACCAUCGGAAACACUGCACUAGCGGAACAGUUUGUUACUGACACUGUGUUCUUUAAAACCGAAAUGAGUGUAACACACAACAGAGGCACCGUUAUGCUAGUGGCACAAUAAGAUUUAUUUGGAAUGUUUACUCUAUAUGUGUACGUUCUACGUUUGCUGACUGUACUGUACAUAAUAGAGUGUUAUUAAGAGAAUUAGUAGCUAGCUAACGUUAGUAAAUGUAGCUAUUAGUCUUGAGAUAGGUAACGUUAAACCUUUCCUAGCUAGCACGAGCUAUCGUUAGGUAGCCACAACAGGCUAUCGUAGACAGUCUUCAGCUCUCUAGCUGUAUUUUCAACGUUAGUUUAAAACCUCAAAGUGGUAGUCGUUUUUAAAAGCAUGUAGUUAACUAGGCAAUGUAUUAAACAUUAAUUAACAAAUUGGUAGCGCGACGUUACAGUAUGUACAAUCAUUCCUCUUCACUUAAGUUACACGGAGAGCGAACAUCUAUGUAUAAACACUCAGAAAAUACUUUCUACAAAAGCGGUGAGAAGACAAGCCCCAUCAGUGUAAUUUUGGUUAGUUCCGGUAGCCGAGGGAACAAAUUGCUCUUUCGGUACCCAUUCCAACGGGUUGCAGGAUGCACAUCACUAACGACAAAACAACGAAGUCCAUAUGCCCUGAACACAACAGGAGAUGUUCUCGAAGAUCCAGAUGGAGAUUCAAGAGAUCAAACUCCACUAACUGAUGAACAGUUGGUAGCAGGGUUCUCUGACAGCAUCUUAGCCACUAUCUUGGCCACCAAGUCUGAUAUGUGUGGAAAGAAGUUUGAGCUGAAGAUAGACAAUGUGCGUUUCGUCGGACACCCCACCCUCCUCCAGCAUCCUCACAGCAUUCAGGUUUCCAAGGCAGACCCCUCCCCUAAAAGAGAGACGCCAACCAUGAUCCUGUUCAGUGUUGUCUUUGCUCUGAGGGCUAACGCCGACCCGUCAGUCAUCAGCUGCAUGCGCAACCUGUCCCGCCGCAUUGCCGUCGCCCUGCAGCACGAGGAGCGCCGCUGCCAGUACCUGACCAGGGAGGCCAAGCUGAUGCUGGCAGUACAGGACGAGGUCACCACCAUGACUGAGACUGACGGCAGCCCUCAGUCUCCUUUCAGACAGAUCCUCCCUAAGUGCAAACUGGCCAGGGACCUGAAAGAGGCGUAUGACAGUCUUUGCACGACAGGGGUGGUGCGCCUCCAUAUUAACAACUGGCUUGAGGUGAGCUUCUGUUUGCCUCACAAGAUCCACCGGGUAGGGGGCAACCACGUACCCCCAGAAGCCCUGGAGCGCAGCCUCAAGGCCAUAAGGCCGUAUCAUGCUCUGCUGCUGCUGGACAGUGAGAAGGCUCUGCUGGCCCAACUGCCUCUGGACUGCUCUCCUGCUCUUGUGCGCCUUAUCAAGACCUGUUCGGCAGUCAAGAACCUGCAGCAGCUGGCACAGGAUACAGACCUGGCCCUGUUACAGAUCUUCCAGAUUGCUGCUCACUUGGUGUACUGGGGCAAAGCCAUCAUAGUGUAUCCCCUGUGUGAGAACAAUGUGUACAUGCUGUCCCCUCAUGCUAACAUCAGCUUAUACUCUCCAUUGUCUGAGGCAUUUGGCCAGCAGUUCCCUGGUCAUGACCUGCCUUCCAUGCUGGCUAAGUUCUCCCUGCCGCUUUCACUGUCUGAGUUCAGAAACCCCCUGGAUGCUUUAGUACAGGAGGCUCAGCUGAUCCAGAUGGUUGUGUGGAUGCUGCAGCGCCGCCUGUUGAUCCAGCUCCAUACCUACGUGUGCCUGCUGGUGCCCCCUGGUGAGGAGGAGCCCGCUCUGCUUCGCGAUGAGGUGCUCCCCCUAGUGGCCCGGGUGGGGGGGCGCAGCCUCAGCACACCCAGCGCACUCAGCUUCGGAUCCCCAACCAGCAGUGAUGACAUGACCCUCACCAGUCCCAGCAUGGAUAACUCCAGUGCAGAGCUGCUUCCAGGGGGAGACUCUCCACUAAACAAGAGGAUGACCGAGACGUUACUGGCCAGCCUGACAGAGCAGGAGCGCCAGGUCAUCCUCAACAUCCCAGCUGCACAGAACCCAGAGGACCUGCGCAUGUUUGCCAGGCUGCUGCACUACUUCCGUGGGCACCAUCACCUGGAGGAAAUCAUGUAUAACGAGAACAUGAGGCGCUCUCAGCUAAAGACCCUCUUUGACAAAUUCCGAAGUGUGUUGGUGGUCACCAACCAUGAGGACCCAGUCAUCUCCCUCUUCCAGUCGCCCCUGGAGUAGGAGACAAGACCCUUCCAGAAACCUGAGUGUACAAUGUACGGUACCAUGGCCUUAUUAUGGUGCCUUCUGGUUGUAUGCCAUGAUUACAAUUUCAUAGAGCUAAUAUACAGAGAUCUGUCAUUGCACUGCAAAGGACAGAUACAAUAAAUAAAUACUGUCUGCUAUGCUUGGACCGUUAGCAAAUGUAUAUAGUUUUUAAAAUGUUUUACAUAAACUUUUUUUCUAUUUACAGAUGUUUUAUGUUCCAUGACUGGUUUUCAAUAAUAAAUUAUUGAAAGAAAGUGUGUGAAAAGUUUUAGUAAAGCCUAUGUAUUGGCCAGUUAACACUGUAUUUGACCCAAUAACUUUUAUUUACAGAUGUUUUAUGUUCCAUGGCUGGUUUUCAAUAAUAAAUUAUUGAAAAAAAA